AUGUCAAUUUAGGCAACCAAAUCAAAAUAGACGAAAUGUUAUUCAAUCAUUGAACACACGUUUGUUAUUAUCUCUGUUUAGAAAAUUAAUUAAUAUUUAUAAUUAAGUGAAAGUUACAUUAGUCAUUGUAUCUAAGUGUUUAAUAGUAUAUUACUAAGAUAAGUAAUCGAUAUUUUUGUUAUUGUUAGUUUUACAUAACCGGUAACCAUGAGGGUUUAUUUGUUAAAAAGUGUGUCACGAGUGGUAGGCGCGAGAUUUUAUUCGACGCCGAAUUAUAAGAAAGUUACGCAUUGCAUUUUCGACAUGGAUGGACUUCUGCUUGACACGGAACUAGUAUACAAGAAAAUGAUAACACAGUUAUGUGCAAACUAUGGCCACAAAUACACAGACGAGUUGAUGAUGAAAAUACUUGGUGGAACGGAGCAGAGACUGUCAGAGAUUCUGUGCAAAGAACUGAAGUUACCGAUCACACCCACCGAGUUUAGAGACCAGCUGCUAGUUCUAGGAGACACUAUGUUGGCUGGAGCGCCUUUAUUAGACGGUGCAGAAAGAUUAAUACGACAUCUCCACGCAACUAAAGUUCCCUUCGCCUUAGCAACUUCCUCCAGCGCUCGAUCAGUUGAAACCAAAAUAGCGCAGUACAAGGAACUGUUCUCUUACUUCCAUCACAUGGUAAUGGGGAGCACAGAUAAGGAAGUCAAGUAUGGGAAACCACACCCUGAUAUAUUUCUGGUAGCCGCUGCCAGGUUCCCUGAUAAACCUCAUCCUUCUAAGUGCCUAGUAUUCGAAGACUCUCCUCACGGCGUCACAGCAGGCGUGAAGGCAGGCAUGCAAACUGUCAUGGUGCCGGACCCACACUUAGAUAAAAAGCUAACGACACACGCAACCAUCGUACUACCCAGCUUAUCCAAAUUCCAGCCAGAACUAUUUGGAUUACCACCAUUCAAGUGUUAAAAUAAAAAUAUUAUCAUAAAGAAUCAGCCUGUGUGUGAUGUGCGAUUCGGCGUUUUCAACUUUAUUGUACGUUGAUUUUAAGUUCAAAUUUGAGUGGUACUGUUUUCUUGUUUAAUAUGACGUGAUAUGUAGCAAUUGUAAUUUGAUUCAUUAAUCUGUUCUAUUAGAGUGUACUUUUGUGUAUCUUCAAUUGAAAUACUGUUGCUUCUCACAUCGAUUCAUAGAAUAAAUACUCAAACAUUGGGCUUCCGAUCAGUCCUAAAAAACGAGCCUUUAAGAUAAUAAUUUACUAAGUUAAAAUAAUAUAAAAUAAUUACUACCUGUGCAUGUUCAAAUUUUGUAUGUAAUAUUUGUGACGUUUUGCUAAGGACUGGUUUGUACAAAAUAUUCUUCAUGUUAAGAUAUCAAACUUAUCUACUACCAAACAGAAUUCAAAAUAAGGAAACAGAAUAUUUUAUACAUAAGUACAUUAUUGUAUAAGAUGACUAGGUAACAAUAAAUACCUAUAUGUAUAGGUGAAUCGAGAACGAAAGUACAAAAAUCGAGUUACACAAAUCUUAUGAUUAAAUAUUAGGUAAGUGAUUUUUAGUCAAUUAAUACCAUUUUUUAUAUACCUAGUACUUAAUUUGUUAGAUUUGUAUUGCAUGGUGAGCAUAGAGUAUAUACGGGUAGUAAAAUAUACCAUCAUACAACAAUUAUUGUAAUAGGUAUCCCUAUUAUUAUGUAAGAAUAAUCGUCAGACAAUAACACCCUACCAAUAAAAAUGUAGUCUAUAAGAGAGAAAUAUUUAUAUACCGUAUUUCAUAAACCUUCUCCGUGUGAGAAGAGGCCUUUGAUUAGCAGUGGCCUUUUAUAGGCUGUUAAUGAUGAUGAUGUUUCAUAAAUAAGGAUUUGUAAAAAGUUGCCUUGUCCUACUCAUAGACUAACUUCUCUAUAAACAUUUUACCGCUAAGUUUUAGGCAGCCAUUUUGAAUUAUUGUUUGUAUGUCAAAAUGUCGCGGGUAAAUGCGAUAAGAUACCUAAAUAACUAAUAAUAAGAAAAGAAUGCAAUCAGGGUUCAACUAUCACAUCAAGUGCUAUUAUAGUAAAAUAAAAUAUUUAAUAAGGUGUUAUCAUGUAGAAUAACUAUCUCAAUUACACAAAAAACAGCCAUAAUAUAUUAUUUAUUUUUGUCCUUUACAGUACUGCAAAUAUCUGUAGUAAAUUGUUGUUAUAGUUGGCCAUUACAAACGUGCGAACUGUCAUUAUUAUUAGAUCUCUCGCUCACACUUAUGUGAGUUGUGCGAGAUAGUCACAUUCUUUUGACGUGACAAGUCGUAGGUACGUUUGUAGUGGCCCAACUAUAGUUGAUAUUUUUAGUAUAAUUCCUGUCAAUAGUGCAAUCAUUGUAACAUAGAUGCCAUCUACGUUUAUAAGUAAUGUUGUUUAUUUACAAAGUCUGGUAGAUGUAGAUGAUUUUAAGCAAUAAAAUAUUAUUUGUAUAAUAAGAAA